UACCAUCUGCUCCUCGCACGCAAACCUUCCCAACCUUUUCUUCUCUCCUCUUUAUCCAUCGCUCAAAUACCUAUUUCACGCCCAAGUCUCGUCCCCCGUCUCAGGAAAAAAAAGAAAGAACAAAAGUGGCCAGCGCCUCUACAGAUUCCCCGGUUGUUGCGUGAACGUCCAACAUUUCCCGCAAUCGCCCGCCUUGAGAAAAAAAAGCCCGUGCGCGCCCUGCCUGCCUGCCCGACUCGUACCGGCGCGCGUUUCUAACCACUACGAACAGUGAUUGACGGCAUCGUCAUCAGCCUGCGCAUCUACAGCCUCAAUCCGUCUCGACAACACUCGCGCGCGACAUCAUGUUCACCACGCGUGCUCUCCGCCAGGCUGCUGCGCACGCCGAGCGCACCCCAAUGAUCAAGUUCCUCGGCCCUCGCUCGAUUCCAUCGUCCGUCGACCACACCCCCAAGCCGCACCCCGAGUCGCCCUCUGGCAAGCUGCCCGCCGACUUUGCAAAGAGCGGCAACUCGCACACCUCCUUCUCCACCUACCGCGACCACGCCCAGCAGCACGGUCCCCUCCAGAAGAGCAUCCGCUCCGGCCAGGGCAUUGGCUCUGUGCCCGCCGCCGCCUUGGGCGACAUUACCCCCCCAAAGGGUGUCUUCUUCGAUACCUCUGAGCUGCCGGCGCGCUUCCAGCGGGCGCCCAUUGACUGGGCUGAGAUUGAGGCCGUCGAGUCGGGGGGUGCGCCCGCCUGGAACUGAGGUUUCCCCUCCCUUGAUUUCGGACAUGACUACGGGGACGAGAUGGGCAUGAAAAGGACUUUGAGCGGCAGGAAAACGAGAGAUGAGUUGUCAUGGUACCACGUGAAGGUCAGGCGGCGCUCUGAAGAACUGCCGUCCUGCCUUCACUGGACAUGUAGACAGACGGCACUGGGAUAGUGCGUAGUCAUCUAACCAUACCUGACGCAGGCACGCUUUUGAUGCCUGCUCAUACUCUCGUCAACUGCAUUUGAGCGUUCUAUGGAUAGACCGAGCGAGAACCAGGAGGUUCACAUCGCCACGCUGAUCUACGAGACAUGUAUGUAUCAAGCACGUAUAAACAAUAAAAAAGACAAAACACUCGACAAA